UCAAUUCAAAAUGGAAAUAAGCAUCAUUACAUUAGCUCUUGCAUUUGCUUGUGUUUGUUGGUCAAUAAUUCUGACAAAGAAACAUCGCAAAAAAUGGAGUCAUUUUAAAAAUAUUCCUGGCCCGGAGGGCAAAACCUGGCCAAUCUUGGGACAGGCGUUAGUGUUAACUGGAAGAUCAGAAGAAAUAUACAAAAGAAAUAUGAACAACAUGCGAGAAAGAUCUUUAACAUCGAGUGACGAAAUAGGCGUCAUCAGCAUGGGACCGGUUCCAGUAGUUUAUAUCUUUGGCCCUAACAGUGCAGAAACAUUGCUCCAUAGUUCACAACAUACUGAGAAGUCUGUGGUAUAUAGAUUUCUUCAUCCUUGGCUUGCAACUGGACUCCUAACGUCAUCUGGGGAAAAAUGGAAAUCAAGAAGAAGGCUUUUGACUCCAACAUUCCAUUUCAGCAUACUGAAUGAUUUUCUGGUUGUGAUGAACGAGCAAGCAAGUAUUCUAGCUAAGAAACUGAAACCGUAUGCUGACAGCAACAAAUCCUUUAAUGUGUGUAAUUUACUUACAUUGUGUACGCUUGAUGUGAUCUGUGAAACAGCCAUGGGAAAAACUAUCCACGCUCAAAUCGACGAAAAUUCGGAAUACGUCAAAGCAAUAAAAAGUGCCGCAAGUUUUAUUGCAAAACGAGCAAGAUCUCCAUGGUUGUGGCCAGAUUUUCUCUUUUAUCGCACACAGAAUGGGAAGGAUUUUAAAAUAUGCUUAUCAGUACUUCACGGUUUCACACAAUCGGUCAUCACAGACCGAAUGAAAGAGUCCACAUUAUCGUCCAAGCGUUCCUCGCCACGAAGACUCGCCUUCCUUGAUAUGUUACUCAAUGCGGCGGAUAAUGGGAAAGUGUUAUCUGUUCAUGAUAUACAAGAAGAAGUUGAUACAUUUAUGUUUGAAGGUCAUGACACUACCGCUGCUGGAUUAUCCUGGUCAAUACAAAUGAUUGGUUCCUAUCCCGACGUACAGAAAAAAAUCCAAGCUGAACUGGAUGACGUUUUAGGACAUUCUUCAUGUAGAAACAUUACAAUGGAAGAUUUGAAGAAAUUACAGUAUCUUGAAAUGGUUACCAAAGAAUGUAUGCGCUUGUUUCCUCCUGUUCCCGUCAUAGGGCGAGUGACAAGCAAAGAAUGCGUAAUGGACGGACAUACACUGCCGGCUGGCACAAAUUGUAUACUGUAUACGCAGGCCGUGAACAAAAAUCCAAAUCAUUGGCCUGAUUCAGAAAGUUUUGAUCCGGAAAGAUUCAAUGCGGAAAACAGUGUCGGAAGACAUCCAUAUGCAUAUCUUCCGUUCUCGGCUGGGCCAAGGAACUGCAUUGGACAAAAGUUUGCAAUGAUGGAAGAAAAAGUAGUUUUAGCUCACUUGUUACGAGAAUAUUCUGUAGAGUCAUGCAACAGUCCAGAAACGUUGGAAGUGAUACCUGGAUUAGUUUUAAGAACGAGUGAUGGAAUUAAUGUUAAAAUUCAAAAACGAAAACCGAAUUAAUGGACUGAAAUUGUUUUCACGUUAAAGUUUUUCUUUGUGGCUAUUUGUUUUUCUCGGAGUUUUUAUAAUUAUAUGUACAUUUGAAUAUUGAGAAUUUGGUUUGUGAAUAAAUAAGUACCAAGGC